UAUCGUAUCGGUUAAUCGAGUAAUGUAGUUUUUUUUUUUAUCUGCAACACGGUGUGUACACACUGUGCCUCACUGUUUUAGCGAAAAUUCAUCAUCUCAGUGUCGGGCGUAUUAUUUAUUUUUGUUAUUUAUAUUGAACGAUAACUCAAAACAAAUAAAAUCAACGCAAAUGCAGCAAUUUACACACUAAAUAACAAAUUUAGUGUCAAGUAACAAAUUAACAAGCGGAGUGCUCACAAAUAACACAAGUAAAAGCUGCACAGCCUGCAACUGUUCCACUGACCAGGAAGUGGUAAACACGACGAGAGACAGCGGCGCAACAUUCGCCUGGAGGACAGCUGCAAAAUGGCAUUGGAUAGCGGCACGCAAACGAUGACGGGCAGCAAUGCGCUGACAUCAUCCUUUACCACGAAGAAGAAGGAUGCCGCUGCCGAUAAGGAAAAUCUCUGGUCAGCGAUAUUGAAUGAAGUACAAACACAGGGCAGCACAAAGUUACCAUCAAAUAAAUCUGUACUAGUAUUAGGCGAUAAUGCCACCGGCAAGACGACGCUCAUUGCCAAGCUGCAGGGCGUGGAGGAUCCGAAGAAGGGCUCGGGCCUGGAGUAUGCCUACAUUGAUGUCAAGGACGAGUACAGAGACGACAUGACGCGCCUGGGCGUCUGGGUGCUGGACGGUGAUCCAGGACACACAAAUCUGCUGCAUUAUGCACUGAACGAAACGAACUAUGCACACACCCUCGUCAUAUUAACAGUGUCGAUGACACAGCCCUGGGGCUGGAUGGAGCAGCUGAAUCAUUGGAUCAAGGUGCUGGCCCAGCAUAUCGAGAGCCUGCAGCUGGAUGCCAAAGAGAAGGAGGCGGCACGCCAGCGCCUAACGACGACGUGGCAAAGCUACUGUGAGGUGGGCGAUGAUCUCGAUCCUGGCUCGCCCGUCAAACGCACCAUGCACAACAAUAAUUCAAUCGAUGAGGACGAUCUGUUGCCGCUGACAGAGGACGCACUUAUAACAAAUCUCGGGCUCGACAUUGUCGUCGUGGUGACCAAGACGGACUACAUGACCACGCUGGAAAAGGAGUACGAGUAUCGAGAUGAGCAUUUUGAUUUCAUUCAACAGUGGAUACGAAACUUUUGUCUGCGGCAUGGCACAUCGUUGUUCUACACGAGCGUCAAAGAGGACAAGAACUGUGAUCUCCUUUACAAAUACCUAACGCAUCGAAUUUAUGGCCUACCAUUCCGUACACCAGCGCUAGUCGUUGAGAAAGAUGCAGUGCUCAUUCCGGCUGGUUGGGAUAGCCUGAAGAAGAUUAGUAUUCUGUAUGAGAACAUGCAUGCGGUCAAGGCUGAGAAUCAUUACACAGACAUUAUAAAGGCGCCGCCAACGCGCAAGGCGGUGUCCAAUCGCGAGGCGGAAGUGCAAACCGAGGAUGAGCAGGCCUUUCUAGCGCGCCAGCAGGAGAUACUCAAGCAGGGCGGCCAGGUGCGCGGCGAGUCGCCGCUGCGCUCGCAAAGCGCCAACUCCAGCGCCAGCAAGAGCACGCCACGCACACCCGGACCCACUGGCCAGAGUUCGCCCAAGAAGAUCGAUCCCAAGCUGACGCCAGCUACGCCUGGCGGCGAGGGCGUCUUGGCGAACUUCUUCAACUCGCUGCUGCAUAAAAAGUCGGGCGGACCUGCUGGCGGACCGGCUGGCGCUAGCAGUCCAGGUGGCGGCAUGGGCACGCCGCGUUCCAGCAACGGCACCGAUGGCCUCAUCAAUGCCGAGAAGCUGGUGCGCUCGGAUGCGGCUGCUGAGUUGGAUCGCUUGUCGCGCAGCGUUAAAAAGGAUAUUGAUAUGUCCCAAACUAAACGAACUUAAUUGUAUGCAAGCAAAAACUCUACCUAAGGUUGAAAGUCCAGCUCAAGAUAAUUUCCAAAUAUUUUUUAUCUAAGACAGAACAAUUUGCAACUUUUUUUUAAACUAAAAAAAACUAUCAAGUCAGCUUGUAUAUUCAAGUAAAUACUAUUUUUGGGUUUUUUAAUUUUCGUUUUUGUUUCUGCCAUACGCUUUAACAACUUUUGCACUGUUUGCCUCUCGCUCUAUGCUGUGUGUCGAAAGCAACAACAACAACAAGUAAUAAAUUUGUGCUAGAAAUUCUAUUUUUUAUGUAUAAACAAAAUUCGAUA